CUUAAACAAUAUAAACAAGUGAGAGCCUCACAGACACCCACAGCUCAGAAAGAUCUCUGGGCUGCUUAAACUGAGACGGCAGCACCACAAGUUUGGAAUGAAACAGCUUUGAGAUGAAAAGGACAAACGGAGAAGACACGCAGGCCACACUCACGGCACGUGAAGUAAUGGCGCUGACCGCCGAGUGGCCCGGUCAGUACAAGGCUAGCAAAUAAGAGAAAACGCGAUUUUUUGACACCCAGACUUCAUUUUCCCACACGUCCUUGAAAAAGGAGCCUCAGACGGCUGUCGUCUUGUCAUGAAGAGGGAAGGACCCCACGUAGGCGUCCCGGGCGGCGUUGUCAAAUUUAGCGCAGUCCCAGUGCACGCGCCCAGCCGCUCCUCCUCUCCUCCUCAGCAGAGGGUGAAAGAAAAUCAAGAUGAAGGGGACCCCCAGUCAGAGCAGUCCCUUGCUGGCCACUCUCCCCGUUGCAGGACGACCCCUGCAGCCUCAACUGGACCUCAAGCACUUCCUGCCCUUCCGACUCAAUGGCUCUUCCCCGAUGAGUCUCUUCCCCAACUUUAACACGAUGGAUCCCGUGCAGAAGGCCGUCAUCAAUCACACUUUCGGGAUCCCACCACCUCUGAAGAAGAAGCAGAUCAUCUCGUGUAACAUCUGCCACCUGCGCUUCAACUCCACGAACCAAGCGGAGGCGCACUACAAGGGCCACAAACACGCUCGCAAACUCAAAGCCAUGGAGGUGCACAAGAACAAGCAGAGAAAUCCAAACGCAGGCACCUCCGCAGGUCGGGGGCGAGACCGGGAGCGAGAAGCGGAGAAGGGGCGCAGGAGAGACCCCCCGCCCGCCUUAAUGGAGACGAGUUCACAGGAGGAGGAAGAGGAGGAGAAGCUGACUUCUCAGAGUGCUUCAGUAGAAGGAAAACAGGAGGAUCGUGAGAGCAGCAUGCCGGACCUCUCUCCAGGCCCAGAACUCCCCUCAUUGGAGUUGACCGUCAGCUCAUCUCCUCUCAUUUCUCCAAACUCUCAUCUGUCAGAAAGCAUCUCCGAGGGCAGCGCCAUGUCUCGUUUGGACCCAGGCUGUGAGAUGGGCCCCACAGAUGCCAGGCGGGGGACUGUACCAUCUGGAGAGGGUGACAAUGGCAGCAGCAAGAAGAGCAAGCAGCACCUGCACUGCCCCGUCUGUAAAGUGACGGUCAACUCGGUGUCGCAGCUGGAGGCUCAUAACACCGGAGCCAAACACAAAUCCAUGCUGGAAGGACAGACCAGCCAGCCAAGGAGGAGGAGUAAAGUCCCCUCGUCACGGUCACUCUGCAAGACCAAGCGGAUAGGAAAUAAGGGCAGCAUGGGAGUCCAGAGCAAGGCCUUCCAUUGUGAGGUGUGCGCGAUCUAUGUCAACUCAGACACCCAGCUGAAGCAGCACAUGAACAGCAGAAGGCACAAGGACAGACUUGCUGGGAAACCUCCGAAGCCCAAGUACAGUCCGUACAACAAGAGCCAGCAGAGCACCGUCCUCGCUAACGUAAGAUGGAGCAGCUAUGCCGGGAGUGCAGUGACCGCCAUGAAGAAGGUGUUCAGCCGCUAUAAUCUGACCUCAUUAUCUUCUCAGACCAAACUGGCCCUGCAGAAGCAGCUCACCAAGACCCUGACUCCAGGAUUCCUGCCAAGCCCUCUGAGCCCGGCCGCCCUGUGCACCAUGGCCGCCAGCCCCUUGACUCUGCGCCAUCCAGCGGGCACCACCACCACCACCCUCAUCCAGACCCCACUCCUGGGACCAGCCUUGUUCCGGCCAGCGCCCGGCCCCCUGCGGGCAGCACACACCCCGAUCCUGUUUGCCCCCUACUAAGGCAGCUCACGCAGCCCACUCAGGACAGGGUCACUGUGAUCAUGGACUGGGAAAGGCAGGGGUGGGGGUGGCGUCCAUUUCAUUACAAAGAAGAACUAUGCAGUCCUCGUGCCACGCCGUCUGAGAGGGCGCCACCUUACCCCCCCCACCCCCGCAGUGUGUAUAUAGUCGGCCGUACGUCUAGGCAUACCAUAGGCACACGUAGAGCGCUAGGCAGUGUGCGUAUCAUUCGAGGUGGAAAUCCCAAGGCCCCCACCUGGGGGGCACAAAAGCCAUAUUGAUAUUUACAGUUUUCUGUUUUCUGUACAAAGAGAUUCUGCGACUAUUUUCCUGACUCGUGUCUGCAUGUUAUGUUUCUUCUUUUUUUUUUUUUUUUAUUUGUUGCGCUUCACGGCUUUAAAGAGGUUUUUAUACAAACAGAGGAAGGCAGCGUUUAGACAUUCAGGUCUCACCGUCUUGUUUUCAGUCCAACUGAGUCCCCCGGGGCCACUCAGCCACCCCCCCAGUCCCAUGAGAGUGACCUCGGCGGCCUCAAUCCUCCAUUAUCAUCGUCACUUUAGUGUCAUCCUACACCAGCCUGUUUAAGGACCCCCGGGUGGGCGGACAGGAAUUGGCACAGUCAGUUUGCGCGCCCUCCUGUAGGGGGCAGCAGAUGUCGUCAACACACUGACCCCCUACACUGACAGCUGGCCUGCACAGAGCUCAGCAUUGGCUUCUUUUGCCCAGUGUGAUUCCACCUUUGCAACCAAUUGGGGACGUCGGCAUCAAGCUAGGGGGGCUUCAGGUCGUGGCUCGUAACGUACUGCCACAUCGCCACCUGCGCACCAUCGCCGUCUAACGCUAAGGACUCCAUCAGAGGCCUGUCUGCAGUGUACUGACGACCCCCGUGGCCUUGACAGGCCUCACACUUUCCUUUUUUUUUUUUCUUGUGCCCAUAUAGAAAAUCAAACUGAGCCAAAAGCUUCCAUGAAUCGCAAGGGGGUCCAUUUAAAUCAGGGAAAGGCAGAGGGCAGCCUGGAACAGAGCAGACUUCCGGAUGCUCGGCUCUUUCUGACCUUUACUCUUUAUAUAUGGCUUUGAAAUAAAAAGAGAAAUCCUCUGUGUGUGGGGGGUGGGGUAGGGUGGCGUAGUGAUUAGUGCCACCACCCUCACAGCUCCGGUACUUCGACUUCAAACCUGGGUCUGGUUACCAUCUACCUGCCAUAUCAAGCGUGCAUUGCCAUUCUUCAAUAACAGACAUUUAGCGGGAAGGUGGUGCAGCGUUUAGAGCUGCACCCUCACGGUGACCGGCACAAGUUCAAUGUUCAGAUUAAUGCCAACUUGCAGCUCGCAGAUUUCCUCGCUUUUCUCCAGAUGCGCUCUUAAAAGUCCUGGUUCUUUAAUGCCACAUCAGUGGGUUGUGUGGUUUUUCGUAGACCCCUUACUUGACAAAGAACCAUUGCAUUCUGGGAAGGGUUCUCUGCUUAUGAAAUUCUGUCCUUUAGGCUUUGGACAGGCCUGAAAUAUGUGGACAGAAGAGAACUCUGUGGUUUGGUAUAGUAGGCAGGAUACUAACAGAUCAAGAAAACCUGAGCUUAAUAUGCAACAAAAUUGUGCAUCCACUGGUAUUUCUCAAAUCUGUUAGGAUCUAUUCCUGGUUAUUUAUGGAACCUGAAUCAAAAGCGGCUCUUUCUAGAACCUUCAUCUGCAUGGUUCCCCCAUGGCAUCGCUCUGAUGAACCACUUUGGAACCUUCAUUUCUAAGAGUGAAACAACUGAGCCUCCUGAUGUCCAUACUGGGGGUUACCCCGCUGCGUUUGGUCUCUGAGAACCUCAGACACCACAAACCCAUGAAUUUUAAGCUAGCUGUGUGCCAGUGUACCCUGCAGUGGACUGGCGUCCCACCUAGAGAUGAUUCUUGCCAGUUGCCCCGUGUUGCCCAGCUAAUCUCCUAUUUCCCUUUAACCGUAAACAUAACUAAGAAGAGAUAAAAGCUCAAUGGAUCCAGUGGGCAGCAGUGGGCAUUAACCAGGAAACAGCAAUGGGUGGGACACCAGCUCAUUACUGGGUAGAUUUUGAAUCACCAGUCAACCUAAGCUGCACAUCUUCAGGGGUUUUGGAGGAAAAGUGGAGUGCACUCUUAAAAAUAACUGCUCUGUGUGGGUCCUCAUUGAACCCGAUAUUCCCAUCUCGAUGUUGGAUUACGGAGCCAUUCUAAACUUUGUGAGUCAGGUGACUGGCAAAUCUGCUCGAAUCAGCUGUGUACUGGUGCCCCGUCCCAUCUCCUGUUCCUGUCUUACAUCUAAGGACGUGGUGAUAGGCUCCACCCCAA